GCCCGCUUGUCUCCAUACCAUCACCACCUCUCUGCCCUACAUCGCCUGUCUCGUAGAUCUCUUGAACGACUUUCAGUGACGACUUUUUCUCAUCAAUGGCUCUCAAACGCAUCAACAAGGAAUUGAUUGACCUCGGACGUGACCCACCCUCGUCUUGCAGCGCGGGUCCUACGGGCGACAACAUGUUCCAAUGGCAGGCGACGAUCAUGGGCCCGGGUGACUCCCCUUACGCAGGAGGCGUCUUUUUCCUUUCCAUCACCUUCCCUACCGACUAUCCUUUCAAGCCUCCCAAGGUCAGCUUUACGACGAAGAUUUACCACCCAAACAUCAACGCGAAUGGGUCGAUCUGCCUCGAUAUCCUGAGAGAUCAGUGGUCACCAGCAUUGACUAUCUCGAAAGUUUUGCUUUCCAUUUGCUCAAUGCUCACGGACCCCAAUCCUGAUGAUCCCUUGGUUCCUGAUAUCGCCCAUCUGUACAAGACUGAUCGGGCUCGUUACGAAGCAACUGCCAGGGAGUGGACAAGGAAGUAUGCUAUGUAGUGCGCCGGUCAAUGGACCUUGGGCGUGUUCCCAUUUCGACAUACGGUGUAUUAGUGUUUUUCUGCCAUAUCAUGUUUCUUGUCAUGUUCUAGUACGGCUCUUACAUCCAUCCCUCUGUGACAAUCAAUGGUCUGUGUCAUUCAAGGCAAUAUCUCUUCC